GGUUUCGUUUAAACUGACAGUAAAUCAUAUAUGAAUAUAUAUCGGAACUUCUAAUCAUCUGCAAGUCUGCAUCUAUCAUCUGCAUCAACAGCUGAUCGGAGCUUACAUCUAUUCAUACUUUACACACAUCAUAUGUAUCUAAACAUACAUAUACAAAAAGUGAAGUAAAAUUCAAGUCAAUGGAUCCCGAUAAUUACUCGGUGGAUUUAAUAAGUCAGGAUAUUGUUAAAUAUCAUUUUGAAGUCAACGCUUUAAUACAAGAUAUACAACAAUGCAGCGGACCACUAGAGAUACUCAAUGAGCUCAAUGCAGAGGGCAGAACCAAAAUAGCAGUUUUGAAAUCCUCCAUUGACCGAUUAGCGUCUAUUGCUGAAACCGAAUCAAAUGAGAAGGAAAAAACUGAACUGUUACUUGCAGUGGACAACUAUAAGGAGCAGCUGAGCACUUCUCUGACAGCCUUCCGUAAGGCCAAUGUUGUUAGUGCAUGUGUCAUUGACAAAUUGGCAAGGGAAAAUUUAUUCUCCAUGCCAGAAGAACAACAGGCCGCUCUCCGUAAACGACACAGCAAACAGAGCUUGACAAAUGCGUCUAGUCAAGUAACAGAUAAGUUAUUGAGCAUUUCAAGACAUCUAGCUGAAAUAACUCAGAGAGGCGCUGACACCUUGGACACACUAUUAACAUCCUCAGACAAGGUUGGUGGCACCAAGGAUGAGUUAGAACAUCAACAACAGGCAAUAGUACAAUCGGGUAAGCUCUUAGGAAAAUAUGGAAGACGGGAAGUCACUGAUAAAGUUUUGCUCGCAUUGGCAUUUGCUUUUUUCCUCGCUUGUGUAUUUUACAUUCUACAAAAAAGACUAUUCUGAAUAUAAUAUAUUAGUAUUUAGGAUAAUAUCAUGUAACUAUCUCUAUAAUAUACAAAUUCCUAUAUGAAAUAUAAUGUGAUAAAAAAAAGAAUCGCGAACGAAUAGCAUGCA